GCGGCACGUUCGAGGCAUGCUUCUUUUGACGGCAUUGUUUGUUUUGGUUCUUGCUGCAUGCUAACUAGUGCGUUGACAUUUUAAUGUAGCAUUUUGCUGGUCGUGCCGCUCUGCUUCCAUCGCCUGAGCUCGCCAGAAACUCGAGAGGAUGGCCUCCUGCCCCGUGGAAAGCCCGCUUUCGAGCUAUGUCCUGCGGGUCAAGCGAAUGGAGCCAAACCUUCCAGACCCUGCGGCUCUGGAGCGAGAGCUGACGUCGCUCCGCACUGCCUUUAGCAGGACCAGGUUUCAGCUUCCCUUGCAGUGCACCGAGACCCCGACGAGGGCAUGCUGCCUCUUUGAGCGCCUAGACGCACUGAACGAGAUGCUCUGGUUCAUCGGUUUCGAAGUGAGCGAGGUUUCACCAGGGAGAAUUGCCAUUGGCCACCUGGAGGACGCCACUGUUACGGGCAAGAACUGUGACAAGGAUCCCAUCGAAUACGGAGCCAUCGUGUUGCACUGUCUCCUUGCCAAGCACCGCUGUGUGAGGGCCGUUGAGCUUGUGCUUCCGACGGUGCGCCAGAGUACCUUCGUGCUUCUUUUCUGCGAAGCCCUGCGCUCAAACGAGUCGUUGACGUGCCUGCGUCUGAGCCAGUGCGACCUGCGCACUAGGAUCACGGCCUGUGCCAUAUUCGUCAUCUGCCGUCUCCUGUCAACACAGCUGCGGGAGCUGACGCUGGAUUCCCUGCAGCUGAUUGGUGAUGUGUGGGCAUCGUUGGAGGUCCUCAGGGACGGCCUGGCUGCAACCAGCACACUGAAAAUGCUUAAAGUUGUGGACGUCCAUGUUACUGGAACGGGUGCAGGGGCGGCAGGGGGCUCGGCCAGCAUUGCUGCAAUAAUCCUGGAUGGUCUGGCUGGCAACACGAGCGUGUGCAGCCUCGCCAUUGACAGCUGGUUCACCAUGCACGAUAACGAGGAGGCAUUCAAGCGGCUGCUGGCCGAUUCGACGACCCUGUCCGAGCUCAGUGUGACUUGCGCCAGGCGUUGCCACGAGGCGAGCUCUGUCUUCGACGCAUUGGCCGCCAAUUCCAGCGUCACCGAUCUUAUCCUUGAGGACUUCCACAUUGGUCAGCCUGACGGAGAGUCGUUUGCCGAACUGCUUGCCAGGAACAGGACCCUGAAGGAGGUCUCCUUCACGGAUUGCUCAUGGGACAUUUGGGAACGCAAUGAGCAGGGUGAAAAGGUGCGCCUGCCAUGGCACAUAGAAACCCUGGUCGAAGCUCUCAAGUGCACUACAUCACUGCGCUGCCUGGAUGUAGACUGCAACCUGACGCUGCGUGAGGUCCGCCUCCUGCUUGAAGCAGCUCGUGACUGUGCAUCGCUCAAGGAGUUGCACAUUGCCUCGCUGCACCUCACAAACCUGGAACCAUUUUGCCAGGCUCUGGAAGAGACGGGCACGGCCCACAAAGUGAAGGUCAGGAGCUGCACUUCCUCGGCCCAGUACCUGGUUCCCCUGGUAAUCGGUAUGGAGAAAGCACCGCCGCCUGUCGGGCAGCUUCGACUCAACUGUGUGGACAAUAAAUCCUUGCACGACGCGUGCUGGGCCCUGUCCAACGAUUCGAGCCAGCACGUCACCUCUCUGCACCUGCAUAGCACCACGUUGUGUGUGGAAUCCGAUGCAGCGCAGGAGCUUGGUUCCUACUUGGCCUCAACGCAGUGCCUGCGGGAGCUGGACCUGAAGCUCCCCAAGCUGUCCCCCUGGUCAGACUUGGUUGUUGCUGGCCUGGCUCAAAACAACAGCAUCCAGAAACUGAAGAUCAAAGGUAUCUUCACAAGCGCAGAUGUAGGGGUUCUGUGUGAUUGGCUGACCGAGAGCCAGCGUUUGCACAACCUGGAGUUCUGGUCAACCAGUACAAUCGCCGGGCUGCUGGUGGACACACUGGCCGAGUCGCUGGAAGAAAGCUACGCACUGACACGGAUAAAAGUCGUCGAGUGCUGGAAAAACAAGUUGCCGUGGCAACGUGUCAAGAGUCUGGUUAGGCGCAAUGCAGGCCUGGUGCAGUGUGCAGCUGGAUUUGCCUUGGGCUCAGAACUCACACGGGCUGCCCUGGGCUAUGAGCUGGUUGCACCAUGGCACCCGCAGCUCCUAGGAGCAAUCCAAUGCAUGGGAUCCCUGACUCAGGCUGAGGCAGAGAAGCGCAUGAAGAGUGCUGCCAGACGCGUUCACUCCAAGUUCUGGCAGCUUGCUGGCAUCGUGUAUGAAGAACUGGUCUGCCAUGAGUUGCCGCCUGACACGUGUGGCGACGGACCAACACGGCAAUCAGUGCAGCUUGACCAGCUCCCCAGCCGAAUCUUGGAGCACAUCUGCUCCUACCUGAAGGUCAGCGAUGUGUUGGUCACCAAAAGUGCGACAAGACAACAGUAACCAACUGUGUCACCAAAACGGACUGUUGGUGCAAGAUCGCUGGAUAAAGCAAAUGCUGUUUUCACAGGCUCUGCGCCUGUGCUAACUGCUAGAGCUUUUGAUACGUGGAAUUUCCAAGAGUGCCAAACAUUUCUGCAUAAGUGUUAUGUGUAACUUGCACAGUGCAUUUUUCAAGCCAUGUCAAGUGCCUUUCUCCCAACGCUGCUUCUGUGUUCGCUAAAGAUCUGUGUGUACCUGUGUUUGCAGUGUCAGUAGUGGUUGUUA